CAUUUCAGCUGGAUCCGGUUUGAAGGGAUUGCAGACUCUGAUGAGAGAAGACGGAAGCUCCCUCUCACUGCACGCAAAUCGCUGGAAGGCGUAGCCGAAUCUUUGUCUGUGUCAUGGCGGAGAUUGUUGAGGUCCCCAAUUUCAAUCGGAACAUUAGCGGAGCACCCAAUUCGAGCGUCAGCUAUGGCAAUCCUCCGGAAAACACAAUCGAGAUCACCAUUCGAACCAUCGGCCCUGCGCGUCCCUCUCGCCUUCUCGUCCCUUCGCCGAUCAAGGUGUGCGACUUGCGGAAGCUGGUCGCGGAGCGCAGUCAAUUACCCAUUGGGAAUUUGAAGCUUAUUUUACGAGGAAAAAUUUUGGAUGACUCUAAAAAUGACGAUGAUGUCUUUGUGCGGCUCAAUCAUGGCGAUUCAUUGACUGUUGCUGUGAAACCAAGGCCCCCAGCCGAACAUCUUCGUGAUGAUUCUGAUGAUGAGGAGGAUGAUCUGAAGUUUCGGCUUCCAGAGUCUUCAAGUCGGUUGAAGAAGAAAAUUUACAAUUUUCUGCGUGAGAAGUUGAAGUUUCCUGAUAUCCUUUUGAUGGUGAUUUUCUCUCUUAGUCUAAAGGCUUGGGUUGCUAUACUUAUCUGGUUUAUCAUGGCACCUGUUGCCCAUAGCUGGGACCUUGGACCUUUAUAUAUACUUGGCACUGGUUUUUGCAUCAUUCUACUAAAUCUUGGACAUCGGCGAUCUGGGGAAAUGAGUGCAUAUUCCAUCUUCAACGAAGGUUUCAGAGAGCUUCCAGGGACCCUCAAUGCAGACCGCCUCGAUAGAGACGUUCGGCUGGGUCAGUUCUGAUAAACUUAAUAUGUUAAUGCUGAUUUUGUAGUCGAACUAUAGACAAAAGGUAAUGUUCCUAAGGAAAGUUAACACUCCUGUUCUGUUCACUUACGUGUAUAAAAGUUCCAUCUUCAGUAAAAUGAUUGAUUGGCA